CUACCUAGAGGUGUCUUACCGAGGGAUACCAUUUGCCGUCGGCCCCUAAAGUUCUUUUGCCUUCGCAAUUUUCAGACGAUCUCUAAGGGCCUCCCUUUCGCCUUCCUCCCGACCCGGCUCCAGCCUUAUUUUGCUGGCUGUAGCUUCAGUCAGCCCGGCCCUAAGGGGUGACCGGUGCCUUUGGGGUGUGAUCACGUCACACAAGGGGAUCUAGGCCUCCACACCCUCGCUUCCGGGUUUAGCUUCCGGAAGCCUUGUUUUGUGGGGACUACCCUUUCUAGACCACCCUUUAGUUGCUUUGGCAACUUUUCAGAUGACUCCUGGCUUCCCUUCGCGGUCUUUGCAGACGCUCCCUAACACACCCGUGGGUUUCUAGGGGCCUUUCCGGUUCCGUCUGUUCCCCUUGGAAGCCUCUCGGCUCUCCGGGAUUUGCAGACCUUCCCUAGACCCUAGGUCUCCGGCGUGCCGCCUCCGCUCUGGAAGUCCGGCGAGUGCAAGAGCGCCGCCUCCUACCCUUCCUCCGGGUUUAUGAGUAAGCGGCUGAGUCCAAGGCCAGGACGUGCUACGUCUCGGGAUCUUCUCCCAGGCUGGAAGUCGAGUGUCCUCGCCGCGCCAAGUGCAAAGGUGCACCCCUCCCAAUCCAGCCCCAGAAUGGCACUGCCUCCCAGCCCCCUGGCUAUGGAAUACGUCAAUGACUUUGACUUGAUGAAAUUUGAGGUAAAGCGGGAACCCUCUGAGGGGCGAUCUGGCCCCCCAACAGCCUCACUGGGCUCCACACCCUACAGCUCAGUGCCUCCUUCACCCACCUUCAGUGAUCCAGGCAUGGUGGGGGCCACUGAGGCCCCCCGGCCAGGCCUGGAGGAGCUGUACUGGCUGGCCACCUUGCAGCAGCAGCUGGGGGCUGGGGAGGCACUGGGCCUGAGUCCUGAAGAGGCUGUUGAGCUGCUGCAGGGUCAGGGGCCAGUCCCUGUUGAGGGGCCCCACAGCUACUACCCAGGAAGCCCGGAGGAGACAGGAGCCCAGCAUGCCCAGCUGGCGGAGCGGUUUUCGGACGCGGCGCUGGUGUCGAUGUCUGUGCGGGAGCUAAACCGGCAGCUACGGGGCUGCGGGCGCGACGAGGCGCUGCGGCUGAAGCAGAGGCGCCGCACGCUGAAAAACCGCGGUUACGCGCAGGCCUGCCGCUCCAAGCGGCUGCAGCAGCGGCGGGGGCUAGAGGCUGAGCGCGCCCGCCUGGCCGCCCAGCUGGACGCGCUGCGGGCCGAGGUGGCCCGCCUGGCCAGGGAGCGCGACCUCUACAAGGCUCGCUGUGACCGGCUGACCUCGAGCGGCCCCGGGGCCGGGGACCACGCCCACUUCUUCCUCUGAGUUGCUAGGGGCCGCCGAGUGGUGUAGUAGGUGGGUGGGGGACACCACCUAGAAGGCCACUUUGCCAUUCACUAGAUGGUUACUAGCGCCUUCUGGUGCCAGACACCCUGUUGUAUGACUACAUAUAUAUGCCCGAACUUCCUGGACCCUCAAGGCAUGCUCCAACGUUAGAGGCUGGUCAUUUUCUGGGAGAGAGGUCUUCGCAGGCAGGCAGCAUACACAGCCCUCCACCUCCUGUUCCGCCCCACUUGACCAGGACACUGAGAUCUGGAGGAGCCGGUGCCCGGACUGUUGUGGUGGGGGGCGGGUAAGAAGAGGCGCGGAUGAUAGCUGGGUGACAGUGAAUGGGAGGAGAGGGAGUGGUGUGACUUCCCCCUCAGUUUAGAUUUUAAUUCAAGGUUUUCAACCUGUAGUGCAUUAAGGUGGUAAUUAGCAAUGAAGCAGUAUUUUCAUUCUGAGGCUUGUAAACACCCCAUUUUAAGACUACUGCAUUUUUCAAGAUUUCAAUCACCAACAAGACAGACUAGGAACUCUAUCCAUGAGGCUUUCAUCCUAUCCAACCCAGUGGCCUCCAGGGCCAAGAACAACAAAGGCCUGAGGAACUGUAGGGGUGGUUGGUGCCGACUGGGAGAGAAUUCUGGGCAGGAGUCUGGAGACCUGGGUGCUAGGCCCAGCUCUGCCACAGGAUACCUCUGUCACCUUGAGAAAAUCACUUGCUCCCUGGGUUUUGGUUACCUCAUCUAAUCCUGGAUUGGAUGACUUCUGACACCUUUCCAGUUCUGGCAUCUCCUUGGUGUAGGAGCCCCAAGAGUCUUCCCAAGAACCCCCCAAGACAACCUCACCAAAGGGACUUCCUGUCCUGCUCCUGCUUCCUGAUUGCAGCCUAGGCGGUGGAUGAGCCCAUGCGCUGCUCCUCUGCUGCUCUCUCCAAGCUGCCUUGGCCUCCAGACCUGCAUAGGGUACCCUUGCUACCUCCUGCCUUGCUGAGGGCUGAGGUGAGCCUUUGCCCAGCAUGACAAGAUGCUGAAAGAGUGUGGUUUUUGUGAAUUAAACUUGAAGUUCAGGCAGAACUUUACACUAUUGGCUAAA